CACAACAAGCGCUCUUAGCACUGAGUUCACAAUGGCCGCUACUCUUGGCGCCGUGCUUGUGGUGGCGACGGUACUGACACUGGCUGCCGCCAACGGCAAGGCAGCGGUGAAGCCGGCUGCCACGAAGGGCGUUCAUCCCGGAGCCAAACCUGCAGCAUCCAGGCAUACAGUGGUGGUGGUUAGAGGGCAUCCAGGGGCACACAGGCAGCCCCAUUACGACUACUGGAGGCCAUGGUACACCUUCGACACACCCAAGCAACACCACGGCAGGAAGGAUAGCCACAGGCCCGCACCUCACCAUAAGCCUCAAGCGCAUAAGCAGCCACAUCGACAGCACUGGCCUGCAAAUCGUAACAUGGAAUGGGGUCGGGGCGACAAGGCCAAGGUCCGCUAUGUGAAAGAGGCGAAGCCCGUCGCCUACGACACGAUAAUCCAGGAAGAGAAGAAAGUGGUGAUUAAGGAAGAGCCCAAGCUUGUUCUCAAAGAGGUACCCAAGGUAGUAGUCAAGGAGCAACCCAAGGUAAUCAUCCAGGAACAACCCAAAGUAAUCGUCAAGGAGGUGCCAACAGUUAUUGUCAAGGAGGUACCCAAGAAGCACAAGAAGCCCAAGAAGCAUAAAUCUGCGAUUAUUACAAACACACACGGCCACCAUAAUCAUGGCUGCUUUUCCGACUGGUUUAGUGGCUUACACAAGAAGGGUAAGAAGUCGAAGAAGCAUCAGAAGUCUCCGAAUACCCUCAUAUUACUGCGCACCCACGCACCGUACUACUACUACACUCAAGCUCCUAGGUACUAUGCAGGUGGCUACAACGGCUACAAUGGCUACAAUGGCUACAACAGGUACAACGGCUACAACCUAUACUAAGCCGAAAGUACCUAUUCUUCGAGAGCGUGAAAUAAAAA